AUGCGGCUGGCUUGCGUCGGCGACCGACGGAUGUGGGGCUGUAGCAAUGCAGUUCCCUGUGGCCGUCUGAUUGACCUUCUUGAGAUUUCUUUGCCUCAUACAUUGAGCCCGUUCAUGGAGAUAGACGGAGAGGAGGGCCCCCGUGAUGAUGGGGGGGGCCCACCAUCUUCAGCUGAGCAGCUGCCACCGUCCAACGGCAAGUCCCCGUCUUUUUUCGUGUCUAAGGCAGAGGAAUAUCUGUCUUUGUUUCCCCCCAAUAUCAUGCUUGCCAUCAAAUUCCUCGAGAAGGGGCUGUCUAUAUACCCCAACGACGUCGAACUCUUGCAGCGACUGGCGGGAGAAUAUGCAGAAAUAGGAAAGACUGCCGAGGCUAAGGAGCUGCUUCAAAAGGCCAUACAACUGGAGGCAAGAAGCACACAGUUUUCUCCCUUGUGUUUCCCUAUUUCCCUUCGCAAGCAGAACAAGAAGAACAAGGCAGCCUCAAGAGGCCCAUCUGCUGCUGCUGCUGCUGCUGAAGCAGCAGCAGCAGAAACGCAGCGGAUCCAGAUAGACUUGAUGCGCACAUAUUGUUCUAUUGCUGAACUUUAUCUCACAGACCUCUGCGAUGAACCAGAGGCAGAGGCAGAGGCAACAGCAGCAGUGCAGAAGGCCCUGCAGCUCGGGCCAGAGAGCCCGGAGGCCCUUCUAUGCGACGCACAACUCAAGAAGGUGAAGGACGACGCUGAGGGGGCGUUGAGUGCUGCGAGGUGUCUGUACACCUCGUUGAAGCGUCUGCAUGCAAAGAUGUUAGAACGAGCCACUUUAUUCUGCAGCAUCGAUGCAGAAGAAGAAGAAGAAGAAGAGAUAGAUCUCCCCUCUGUAGAUACACGCGUCAAUGCGGCGAAACUCUUUGUUGAUGUCGGCAUGACCCAGCAGGCCAUACGCGUGCUCAAAACUUGUCUAGAUGAAGACGAUCAGGAUCCUCGUAUAUGGAUGGUGAUGUCCUGUGCGUUGUAUAAAGCGAACGACUUCGACAGCUGUAUCUCUGCUCUAGAUGAACUGAAAGAGCGGGUGAAGAGCCUCGAGUUCCCCGACGACCAUCCAAUGGCAGUGCACGAGAAGGAGCUGCGCGAGUUGGCGCAGAAGGGCCUCAACGAGCAGCAGCAGGGCGAGGAGCAGCAGCAGCAGCAGCAGCAGCAGCAGCAGGGAGAGGAGGAUGAGGAGGAGGAGUCAGGGGAGGAAGGCAGCUCCUCGGGCUCUUCAUCAGACGAUGAGAGCUAA